CUUAAAGUUGGAGACCCGAGCCCGGGAGUUGGCGGAGCGCGCUCGCGCCGGGCUGCACUUGCUCGCAUCCGGCCGGCCCGCUCCAUCGGACGGGCCCGCUCCCGGGGAAGGGCCGGAGCUCGCGUUGCGGCGGGACAUGCGCUGCGCCGCCUCUAACCGCGGGCUGUGCUCUUCUUCCAGGUGGCCGGUCGGCUGCUGAGCCCUCUGCCGCGGGGGUAGACGGUUUGCGCCUUGCCCGCGGCCACUGACCAUGACCAUGACCCUGCACACCAAAGCGUCUGGCAUGGCCCUGCUGCACCAGAUCCAAGCCAACGAGCUGGAGCCCCUGAACCGCCCGCAGCUCAAGAUCCCCCUGGAGCGGCCCCUGAGCGAGGUGUACGUGGACAGCAGCAAGCCCGCCGUGUACAACUACCCCGAGGGCGCCGCGUACGACUUCAACGCCGCGGCCGCCGCCUCCGCGCCCGUCUACGGCCAGUCGGGCCUCGCCUAUGGCCCCGGGUCCGAGGCGGCCGCGUUCGGCGCCAGCGGCCUGGGGGGUUUCCCGCCGCUCAACAGCGUGUCUCCGAGCCCGCUGGUGCUCCUGCACCCGCCGCCGCAGCUCUCGCCCUUCCUGCAUCCCCACGGCCAACAGGUGCCCUAUUACCUGGAGAACGAGCCGAGCGGCUAUGCGGUGCGCGAGGCCGGCCCUCCCGCCUUCUACAGGCCAAAUUCAGAUAAUCGGCGCCAGGGUGGCAGAGAGAGAUUGGCCAGCACCAGUGACAAGGGAAGCAUGGCCAUGGAAUCUGCCAAGGAGACUCGCUACUGUGCAGUGUGCAAUGACUAUGCCUCAGGCUACCAUUAUGGAGUUUGGUCUUGCGAGGGCUGUAAGGCCUUCUUCAAGAGAAGUAUUCAAGGACAUAAUGACUACAUGUGUCCGGCUACCAACCAGUGCACGAUUGAUAAAAACAGGAGGAAGAGCUGUCAGGCCUGCCGGCUACGCAAGUGCUACGAAGUGGGCAUGAUGAAAGGGGGGAUACGGAAAGACCGCAGAGGAGGGAGAAUGUUGAAGCACAAGCGCCAGAGAGAGGAUGGGGAGGGCAGGAACGAAGCGGAGCCCUCUGGAGACAGGAGAUCUGCCAACCUUUGGCCGAGCCCACUCUUGAUUAAACACACUAAGAAGAACAGCCCCGUCUUGUCCCUGACAGCCGAUCAGAUGAUCAGUGCCUUGCUGGAGGCUGAGCCCCCCAUAAUCUAUUCCGAGUACGAUCCUACCAGACCCUUCAGUGAGGCUUCAAUGAUGGGCUUGCUGACCAGCCUUGCAGACAGGGAGCUGGUCCACAUGAUCAACUGGGCAAAGAGGGUGCCAGGGAGAAGAACUCUAGUUAUUAUGGAAACAAGACUAGAAAAUGACCUCCUCCAUGCCCCAUCAUAUCCAUUCAGGAGCUAACGUAGAUGAACCAAGGCAAGAGGAAGUUAAAUCUUUUUU